AUGGCCGACGGACCGGCAGGCGAUGAAGACAGCGGGUUGGGCGUGAAGGGAGGCCCUUCAAUCAGGUCGAAGCCGGCGGGUGGCGGAAAGCAGCCCAAGCCGGGCAGGGAGGAGAGGCUGAUCAACGUCAACUUCAAUGCAAAAAUGUCCAACAUCCUGGGCACAUGCAAGGAAUACUUCUAUCAGCCCGGCUUCCAGUCCCUAUUGGACGUGCAGAAGGACUUCCUGGCUGUGGCGAACGGCGUCAUCGACUUGCGGACUGGCGAGCUGCUCCCGCAUCACCCCCGGUUCAUGAACAGCCGGGUGAUCGACUGGCCGUACCCCCGCCCUGGGUUGUCGUUUCCGAGGGGCGAGAUGGUGCGGUUCUUGGAGGACAUCAUGCACGCCUCCAGAGAGGAUGGGCCGGCUGCUCUGGAGCACCUCCAGGUUCUGCUGGGGUACGGGCUGACUGGUUAUACGAGCAAUCAGGUGCUGCCAAUCUUUGUCGGGGAGGGGAGCGCAGGCAAGAGCGUGUUCCUUGCGCUGCUGCGCAAGCUCCUCGGCACCGCCUUCAGAGACGUUCGGCAAGGAGAUUUUGGUGAACUCCAAAGGGCAGCGUGCCGCCCACAAGGGGGCCGCUUCGCCGCUCGAGGGCUCGCGGGAGCGCUGCUUGCCGUGGUCGAAGAGACGGACAAGUCCGACACGCUCAACGAAGCCGGCAUGAAGAAGCUGACGGGCAGCGAUGUCAUCACGGCGCGGCCCCUCUUCAAGGACUUUAUCACCGUCACCGCGACCGUCCUGCUCAUCAUGUGCACCAACUACCUUCCGAAGACGGACAAGACCUGGUCCGUCGCCCUCCGGCGCCGCCUUCAGCUGGUCUGCUUCGUGCGGCGCUACUUCUCGCCGCACGAGAAGGGAUACGACCCAACCAACCCGUUGCACGGGCUGGUGGACACGCGCCUCCUCGCCAAGCUGAGCACCCUGCAGAACAUGCAGGAGUUGCUUGCAUGGCUGGUCGCAGGAGCGGUCAAGUGGUACCAGAACGGACAGCAGCUGUACCCCAUGCCCAAGCGGAGCACGGACGCUCUGCAAGACUACGAAGAGGCGGCUGACGACUUCGACAACUUCGUCCUCAGCAGUUGCGUCAAGGGCGAUGACCUCUUCAUCUCAACGAGCGAUACCCUUAAGGCGUACAACGAUCCGCAGAGGAUGGUGGGCGGCAAGUGCGUCGGCCAUAUCCCCUCGCUCGACACCAAGUCCCUGAAGUCGGCGAUGAACAACCACGGCUUUUCGGGUCCGGACAAGCCCAGCAAACUUGGCCUUGGCGUAAAGUAUUGCGGCGUAACGGAGCGAGGGUAUAAGGGUCUUGCGCUGAAAGCCCUAGAGGUUAAGAUGGAGUAA